UGUUGUAGUUUGCAGGAGCUGCCUGGAGCAGGACGUGAGGUGACCUACUCGCUUUACUUCCUACCUGGUUCUGCUUUUCUGCUGAAAGAAAAACACAACAUGGUCCAGCGAAACUAACCAACUGCCUGCUGUUGUUGGUGGAAAUUCGAGACAGUCACCGUAAUGCUUUUUGAGCCGUUGCAGAGGAGUGCUGUCUUAUCUCUAUCGAGCUAACCUUCCCCUCAGGAUCGGGCAGAAGAGUGAAGCACAUUCCAGCAGAAGUCGAGGGCUGCUGUCUUAAGCUUAACGAGAAACCCGGCCCGCUCACACCAUGCCCGCCAAGAUGGCCGCCAACUUUUCCUGCCCUCACUGGAACCACUUGGGACAAGGAUGUGUGUUGAAAUGGUGAUCAUAUUCAAGAAAACACUGGAAAAGAAGGGUGCCGACGAUGUAACCUCCAAAAGAAGAGAUUUGGGCCAGUUCCAGUUCCAGGCACAGACCAUGACCCAGGGGACUGCACUUUUCUCUUGUGGACUCAUGGAGACAAGCCGCUGGCACGAGGUAGGUCGCAGCUGCUCCAUACAGCAGAGGCCAGUUGGGACCAGCCUGGAGAGCCUGUGGGACGUCCUGCCGGAGGUGCACAAAACUUCCACCCACUGGGACUGGGAUGUUGGCUCCACCUCAAGCACAAUUACCAGCUUGUUGCAGGAUCUCAACCUGACAGAAGCUGCAUCCUCGCACUCCACUGCCCCCCCCAGCAAGCGCCAGUGCCGUUCCCUGUCCUGCUCAGACGAGCUGGGUGGGUGCCGUUCCACCUGGCGCCCUCAGGGCUCUCGUGUGUGGACGGCGGUGGAGAAGAGAAGGUGCCACAGUGGAGGAAGUGUCCAACGUGGCGCUGUUACCAAUUCUGCACUUGGCUUUCCAGGUAUGCAGCGCAGCUCCAGCUUCAGCCUACCCGCCCGCUCAAACACCUUAGAGCUGCCCUGCUUCACCCAGCGACCCCCCUGCCCCUCUGCCUUCUCCACCAUGACACCCUCAGAGGCCCCAGCGCACCCUGUCUACCUCUCUCAUGAACAGAUCUGCCUCCCUGAGCCUCGUGGACCCUCGCCACCCAGCUCACCGGAUUCCACUCCGGAGCUGGAGCGCCGCAGCGGACAAGGGGGGCUUGCAAGAAGCCGCUCGCAGCCGUGUGUCCUCAAUGACAAGAAGAUUGGGGUCAAGCGUAGGCGACCAGCUGAUACACACAAACAGAGGCCUUCUUUGGACCUGGCCAAGAUGACUCAGAAACUUCAGAACUUCCACAGCCUUAGCUGCCCAGGAAUUACCGGCGAGGACAUCUGCGAGUCAAACCAGACCCUUUUCACUCUCAGGAGCCCCGCCCACUGCAACACGGACUACUCAAGCGGCUUAGAAGAUGUUCAACCUCGGACCAAAGAGGGCCAGAUCAUUAGAAACGUGUCGUCUGAUCCUACAAUCGAAGAGGCCGACUGGACCUCCACAGACUACGAGACGACUAAUGGGAAGGACAGUGAGCCUCUGUGGGCGGGUCUUUGUAGCAUGAGGAAGGACGUGUAUCAGCUUGGAGGAGAGCUGGACAUUGAGCAGAUUGAGAGGAACUGAGCUUGACUGUCUUCCUCUUUGUGGAAGCUAAUGUAGCAGACUUACAGUGGUACAGUCAACAGUACUGAUAGUCUUAAGGACAAACAAGUGGAGAGCUGACGCCAUGAGCGAUCCAGCACUUGUUUUUUUAUUACUCAAGGAGGGACUGAGCAGACCCUUAUUGAGCUGAAAGUCCAUUUUGGGGACUUUGAGUUAGCAGAGGUUUCUUCCCUACUGUGGGGAAUCUCAACUGUGUCUCAGGAGAACAAGAAAGAUGGAUUCAGGUGAAGAUAAAAAGAACUCUUAAGUAAAAAAUAUAAAAGUUGGCUCUAACACUGGGGUCUUUAACAUUUCUGUGUAAGCCAGAUUAUCUUCCUUGUGUGCUACAUUUGAAGAGAAUUCACAGCAGGUUUGUAAAAAUUCUCUGCACUAGAACACGACUCCAUCACCCAGACCUUCAUACGUUGGUACACAAUGGGGAAAAGUGGUGACUUCUUUGAGAGCUACUGUUAGCAACGCUCCUUUCACUGUUAACUGAGCAACAAGCAGCACGCAUACACAGCCUGUAAAAUGUAUCAAAGAGCUUAACAUUUCACACAGUAACAUCGGGCUUCUCUCUGAGAUCUGUGCUCCCCGCUUGUUUGAGAGAAGCUUUGUGAUGCUAACAGCAUUAAUGUUCUUUCUUUUUACGAUUUGUAACUACAAAUUUAUGUAAAACAUGAGCAUAUUUCUAUACAAAUAAAACACUGUUUUAAAUG